UAUUUUUGUUUCUAUCGCUGUUGCGUGUAUACGUCGUUAUUGCUAAAUUUCCGAAAUGUCGUUAACCUGUGUAGAUUGUUCUAGCCACUUUGCAGAAUUGGAUGCUCCAAUCAAAUGUGAUAGUUGUUCAGGUGCAUUCCAUACAAAAUGCGCGAAACUUUCAAACACGGAAAUUAAAUGUCUGUCAUUGAAAAAUAGAUCACUAAAAUAUUUUUGCUCGACAUGUGAACAAGGUUUGAAGGAACUACCCGAGUUAAAAUUACUGAUCAGGAAAUUACUUGUGGAAGUUGAGGGGCUCAAAAACUGUCCUUUACAACGUCCAAAUGAUGGAGUUUGUAACGAAUUUAUUAUAAAUGAAAUAAAUGAGCGAAACAGACGUGCGGCAAACCUUAUCUGCUAUAAUGUUAUCGAAAGUGAUUCAAACCAGUCCGAUGUUCGUAUUGCUCAUGACCGUGAUCAGAUGAUCACGCAGUUAUGGCAACACAUUUUUAAGAGUUUUUAUAAAAGUUUGAAAGCCCAGGAGAAUAUUUCUUGGUAA